GCUUCAAGCGUUCCCCCGCGUCCAAGACUAUCUCAACGACACCGAGCCAGAUGAGAACGGUAGGCAAGGCGGAGAGAAGUGGGCAUCGGCUCUAUACCAUUCACAAGGCCGAGGUUACGCUCUGGCAGCACUCGCGAAUACGACUAACGUCAAGGCCAGGACCAAGGUUCAAGUGGUGUGUAAUGGUAAAUCAUUCCCAGACCUGAUGUUUUGAAAUUCGUAUUUCUCAACGCUCUAUCGCUAGCGUAUUCAGCAUCAAUCAAAAAGAGCUCAAGUCUCACGGGUCCAUGCAACCCAUCGAACCUCUUGCCAAACGACGAAAAGCCCUAUGCCAUUAGAAUUGUUGAAGCACUCAAAGCAUACAAAGCUUCUGGUUUUAAGCAAGAUACAUCGGGCUUCAAGCUGACCCUGACUCCGAGCUUGAAUAUCAGUUUCUGCACGAUGCUGUCCUUGGCUUGUGGGAACAGCUACUCGAUAAGAAACCAGGAUCGCUUGGGGUUAGCUUGGCUGGCCAAUUGAUGCAAGAUGCCAAUCAGUUAGUGGAGGACAUGAAUAUCGAUGCUACUAAAACGGCCGCGGAGAAAGCAGCUGUGAUGACCGCGCAAGCUUCCAACCUCAUAGAACUAAUUGCACAAGCACCGAAGAAAAUCGGUGAAGCUACCAAAGGCAUUGAAAAAGCUUUUGAGUCAGUACAGAACGCUCUGAACAUGGUAAAGAACUCCAAGUUGAUGAAGCUCAUGGGUCCCGUCAUGGCUGUUGCUACGGCAGCAAUUUUCGCGUGGUCCGCAUAUGGCGCAUACCGAGAUUGGAGCAACCUUUCUAUAGACGAUCGAGCUAUCCUCAUCCUCUCGACCGUACAAACAACUUUGCAGAGGCUUGAGGAUGGCGCCAAGGCAUUCUCACCACUCUUCAAAUCUCUUAGAAGAACUGGUCCAGAGGUCAGCAUUGCUCCACGAGAUACUAUUGCUGGUUCAAUUGAAGAGAACACUGAGCUUCGACUACCUGAGAACUCGGAAAAGGGACAAGUGGAGAUCGAGCUUAUCGAUCAUGCCGAUGAGCUCCCCGGAGGUGUGGCAGACCAAGAAGCCGAAGCACAGCAAGUCGCCGAUGAUGUGUCGAACGUGGCAGAACUAGGCGCGGAAGACGCAGCAGAGGUGGCGAUAGGAGCAGACGUUGAAGCUGCAGCGACCAAAUUGGGCGCUUUAUUCGCCAUCGGUGGAAAGAUCAUCAAGGGCCUACUCGGGUGUGUAGGAGUUGCACUCACUAUAUUUAGUGCUCUCAGCCUGGCAUAGAACUUUCACAGCAUGGAUUAGAUGGAG